AGUUCUGAACCAUUCUUCCCUCCGGCAAGGGCCACGCUGCUCGUCUAUCUACCCCCCCUCUCUCUCUCUGUGUGUGUGUGUGUGUCUCUCGGCGACUUUUAACAUACACAACUUUGAUAUUUUCACGUGCAAUUAGAUUUGUGUUGCGCGGAAACGAUUGAAAUUGAGAACGAAAUUUGGCGUCGAGCCUUCGACAACGCCAUCACGUCUUUUGGCUCAGUGUGUGACUAGUGAGUGUGUGUGUGUGUGAGUGAGUGUGUGGAGCCGACCCUGACAGAAAGAAAGAAAAAAAAAUACACACAUCAACAGUUUGGUGGAGGGUUUGAAAAACCGUGUGUGUUAAAUAAAGAGUGCCACAAGACUUUCGGGUAACGAUGGACUACCACUUGUUUGAUUCAUUUGAUUGUGCGAUUGCCUCACUUGUGUGUGUGAACAUUUUGUGAACUCAAAAGUUGGACAAGGAUUUUUCAGUCCUUUUGGCGCGCUGUGUUGUGUGUUGGUCGGCGCCAUCUUGGUGCGGCCCUAAACCCACCUGCCUUCCAUCCUCUCUCGAUAGUCUUUUUUUUUGUUUUUUUGUUUUUAAAGAUUUUCUUUCCCAUUUAUCUUUUCUUAAAUUAUUCGACGUAGUGCCUGACUCGACCAUUCCAUUGGACAUUUAUCUUUUUUUCCCUACUGCAAUUUAUCAUCAAUUGAAUCGUGUGCUGAUCCACCUGUUUGAUCGACUCAGCCAAGUGUUUUGUGUGUGACGACUAGUAACAUCGAACAAAGUUUGAAAACUCAAAGAAUGGCCGACAUGAGUCCUAUGGCAGAAGAUUUGGACACGAACCACAACGACAACAAUCACAGUCCAGCUGGAUCGGCUGGUUCUGUCGGCUCUGGCGGCUCGACCGGUGCGGGCAUCCCGAUGCUGGUCGUUCACAAACGCGAAAUGGUGCAGAUCAUGGAAGACCACCACCACCAGCAAGAACAAAACAACCAUCACGGCGGCCAACAUGGCCAACAUGGUGGAAUGGAAGCCGACGACGAUGGCCAGCCGAUCGACGACCAAGACACGGACGGCGACGCUCUGUCACCUCAGAAAAGGCCGCUCAACAACAACAACAACGACGUGGCCACAGUCUUCCUCAUCGACACGUCAGAAGUGGGGCCCGGUCACGAUGACGCCGAUCAAGCCGUCGAAGUAGACGAGCCGCCCUAUUUCCCGCCGCCGUUCCCGCCUCAGCAGCAAGUCGGCGUCGAGUUCCACCCAUCGUCCGGCUCUGUCCAGUUGGGCAAUUCGUCCGGCAACAACGACCCGUACUCUCUCAACGUCCAUCAGAGCCACUAUUCAACCCACAGCCAAAUCCAGCGCACGCACGAAGUCCUACGACGUGCCGAACAUGAAGCCCUCGAUUGCGUUUUUGUGUCGCAGACGGGCAACGUUCACUUUUCGUACGACCCAUCGGGAGGACGCGGAGGCAACGGAGGUCGAGGCGAGAGUACCCAGUACAAUGUUGUCCGACGGCCCGAUGUUCUCGUCCAGGCCAGUCAUCACGUGCUCGACUCUGGCGAGACGAUCGUCAUUCCAGGCAAUCUCGCCUCCACGCCGCUUUCAUCUCACCACAAUAUCGACGACGGACAGACUCCCAGCGUCGAGAGCGAUUCCAAUUUCAUAUCCACCGACCAGAUGUCCAUCGUCAAAAAGGAAUUUGAUGUGUUGCUGUCUGGCCCAGUUUCUCCAACGGACGUGUUCUGCUCGGUGCCCGGCCGCCUGUCUCUCCUGUCGUCCACAUCCAAGUACAAGGUGACGGUCGGCGAAGUCCAGCGACGCCUCUCGCCGCCCGAAUGCCUCAACGCCUCCCUCCUCGGCGGAGUCCUUCGCAGAGCCAAAUCGAAGAACGGAGGACGCGAGCUGCGCGAGAGUUUGGAGCGGAUAGGACUGAGUCUGCCGGCGGGGCGUCGGAAGGCGGCCAACAUCACGCUGCUCAGCUCCUUAGUCGAAGGCGAGGCGAUUCACCUGGCGCGCGACUUUGGCUACGUCUGCGAGACCGAGUUCCCUUCACGGCAAGUGGCCGAAUACCUCUGCCGCCAACACACGGACCCUAGUGACCAGUACCGACGAAAAGAACUCAUUCUAUCAACCAAACAAAUCACCAAAGAGCUGAUGGACUUGCUCAACCAGGACAGAUCUCCGCUAUGCAACACGCGGCCGCAGAUUAUCCUGGAGCCUAACAUUCAACGUCAUUUGACGCAUUUCUCGCUCAUCACUCAUGGAUUCGGCAGCCCGGCCAUUGUUGCCGCCCUCACCGCCAUUCAGAACUUCCUGAACGAGUCUCUGAAGUAUUUGGACAAGAUGUACCCGACGUCGGUGACAUCAAUGUCCGACGGGAAGUCCAAAGACAUGGACAAGCAGAAGUAAUACGGCAGCAGCAGCAGCAACGGCGGCGGCAUUGGUGGCAGUUUAGAAGUUAGGUCUAAUCAAGACGCGCAACGAGGACUUGACUGAUGGAAGAAGAAGAAGAAAAACCAAGAUGUUUUUUGGUUGUUAUUGUGUUGUGUGUUGUGUUUUUCUUCUAUGAACAUAAAAAGAAAAGAAGAAAUGACGAAGAAAUCGCUGCUGUUCUAAACAUGUAAAACGCCGCAGCCCAAGCCAGCGAAAAAAAAAAAAAGAAAAACGUUAUUAAAAAUUGAAACUUCCUCUCGG